AUGCAACAGCAUCCACAUGCUCCAACAAUGUACUUGGACGAUUUGGAAAUCCUUGCCAACAAUAGAUCCAUAAGUCUAAGAAAUUAUUUUACAGAAGGCUUCAAUAAAGGAUUGCCAGAAGACAGGUUUAAAUAUGAGUUAAUAUUGCCAUUUGAUGAUGAUAUUGAAGGUUUAGGAGAAUGGAUACAUUCACCUGAUGAUGAUUUAACACCUGUAACAGAAGAUGCAAUAACGUUGAAAGCUUCAUCUUGUAAACCUAUUCCAGCAAUAAGUGUGCUGAACACUCUUGAGCAUUCGAUAAUUUUGUUGGCUGGAUUGAUGGAUGCAAAUCAAGAUGUUGUUAAUAUGGAAGGACAGUUUAUGCUUAUGAGGUCAUUCACAAUUCUGUCAAAUUAUGGUAAUGUUCAUGAAUCAGGAAUUUAG